UAAAAUUAGCGGGCUCAGAAGGCAUUUUUAUCAGACUGAUUUGCUCGGGGACUAAGGGGGCAGGAGUGGUGAAGACUGUGGAAGGGAAGCCGCCGGAGGCGUGGCAGUGUCGCUUACGAAGCAACCGGUGAAAAAGGGGCAAAGGCUCUUUUAUUGUUUCUGUUCUGAAUCAAUGGCGUCUGAAGGAGUGGAGUGGCACCAGAGGCCCGCGAACCCCAAGAAUCCAGUAGUAUUCUUUGACAUAACCAUCGGUACUAUUCCCGCUGGCCGCAUCAAGAUGGAGCUCUUCGCCGAUAUUGCCCCCCAAACCGCCGAGAACUUUAGGCAGUUCUGCACAGGCGAGUACAGAAAGGCAGGAUUACCUGUUGGUUACAAGGGAUGCCAGUUCCAUAGGGUCAUCAAGGAUUUCAUGAUUCAAGCUGGUGAUUUUGUGAAGGGUGAUGGCAGUGGGUGUGUAUCUAUAUAUGGAAGUAAGCUUGAGGACGAAAAUUUUAUUGCCAAGCACACUGGUCCUGGUUUAUUGUCCAUGGCAAAUAGUGGACCAAAUACUAAUGGAUGCCAGUUUUUCAUCACUUGUGCGAAGUGUGACUGGCUUGACAAUAAGCAUGUUGUCUUCGGGAGAGUACUGGGGGAUGGACUUUUAGUUGUCAGGAAGAUUGAAAAUGUGGCUACGGGACCAAACCAGCGGCCUAAAUUGGCAUGUGUUAUUGCUGAAUGUGGGGAAAUGUAGAGAUGACCGUUGUUGCUGGACCUGCAAAUUCCAAAGAUGAAUUCUGAAAGCUGAUUUCACAUUUUAGUGACCUGCACAAGUUACUGGAAAUGCUGUAGAUGUUAGAUGACAUUCUGCUUACUUUUUGUGCAUAACAGAACUGAUUUGAUCUGAUUUAAAAUGAUGUGGUUCCUGGAAUUGGUAUUCUGUAGUGGAGUUUUCUAUUUGAUAAGGUGCAUGAUUAAACAUUUUGAAGAGUGAUCCUUGAUGAAUCAAAUCUCUGAAAGGUUUUCUAUCC